AUGCGCAAGGAACAUCGUGCAGAAGCCGUCUUUGUUGUCGAAGUCGAAGUCGAUGUAAAGUCGAAGUCGGUUGUUUACUCCCUAGUCAUCAUAAACAAGGCUGGAGGCCUGGUUUACCAGCGGGACUUCCAGGCUGGCCUCCAGAAGCUCUCGACAAAUGACUAUCUUGUCUUCGCAGGCACAUUUCAUGGCGUCCAUGCCAUUACCCGCUCUCUUACGCCCGUUAUACCGUACUCCGCCCCCGCUACAUCCAAUACCUCAGCAGCAACAAUACCCAUGACCUCUACGCUGCCUAACCCCGGUCUUCCAAAGACAGGCCUAGAAGUCCUCGAGACAGAACGGUUUAGACUGACGUGUUUCCAAACGGUGACGGGGACCAAGUUCUUGCUCUUUACCGAUCCGCUUAUGCCGAACGUGGAUAAUGUGAUUGCCAAGGUGUACGAGCUGUAUGCAGACUACGUUAUGAAAAAUCCCUUUUAUCAGCUUGAGAUGCCGGUGAGAUGCGAGUCGUUUGACCGCCAUCUGGGGACCUGGCUCAGGGGGAGAUAG